CGCGCCAAUCAUCCACUUGCUUAUCUAAGUCGUUGGCGAUUUCGGAGUUAAAAAAACAGGGAGUGAUGCAAGUUGUCCUGUCUUGCCUGCAGAAGAACAAGGGAGAAAGGCCAGUUGCAGCUUGUUGGCGGGUCAGUUACUCCAGCGCCUUUGUGCCUCUGCAGAUUCUGCACCAUUGAGUCGUAGCCCAAGAUUUGCGCGCUAUCUGGUUCAUUUGUUAGACUUUGUAUACGCUAUUCGUGCCUGCUUUGCCUUACCUUCGUUUGCUCUCUUCUUCUCUUACUCUCUUUUGUUUCUCUCGAUCUUGUUUUUGUAACUAAUCUUAAACCAAGAGAAUCAUUCGUCCAGGGAAACCAAAACUUGGUUAGUUCCCAGCCAUUGAAAGCAGACUGGGGCGAGAAGUGCCUGUGCGGACAGCAAAAUAAGAAAUGUCUGACGAUGAAGCUGAUCCCGAACUCUUGGAGCUGCUGCGUAAGUCCCUGGGGUUAGAAGGGCCUACCACCAGUGGCUAUGCUGCCGAAACCAAGGUUCUCGAUAAUGCGCAGUACAUCUUCGACAAUGCCAUUGACAUCGCAUUGGACCCUUCCAAAACAAAAGAAGCGGCAGAGAAGAUCUGGUGCCUGAUGCAGGAGAAAAGGUACUCGACAGGAACAUGGUCAGAGCAUGAAUUGCAUCCAAAGUCCAAAGACGAGAGCACAGUCGACUUUAUUUUUGCUAUGGAUCUGCUGAACUUCAGCUUCUGGUCUGAUGAGACGGAUGAGUCAAAGAGAUAUGCUGUUGAAUAUCGAGGGCGGAAAUGGACUGGGUAUUGGGGAUUGGUUGCUGCAUUGCAGAGAGCACUAGAUGAAGAGAUACCAAUUGUGAGCCCAGAAUACUGGAUGGAUGAAGAUCUCUGUACGGACGAGGUGUUGAAGCAUGUCUUCCGUUCCGCUACUGAUGAAGAAAUGCCCUUGUUCAAGGAACGAGUUCAAUGCCUCCGUGAGGCCGGAAAGGUGCUUUGCGAGGAAUUUGAUGGCAGCUUCGUGAACUGCAUAUACGAUGCCAACCAUUCCAGUGCAGUACUCGUCAAUCUCCUGGCAGAUAGAUUCCCUUGUUUUCGGGAUGAGGCCACCUUCAAUGGCCGGAAAGUACGGUUUUAUAAACGAGCUCAGAUUUUAGUUGCUGACCUCUGGGCUUGCUUCGACGGCCAAAGCUACGGGGAGUUUUCUGAUAUUGAAAAGAUUACCAUGUUUGCAGACUAUCGCAUCCCUCAAAUACUCUAUCAACUGGGCUGUCUCCGCUACUCACCACCACUGGAAUCACGUAUCCGAAAUCUCGAAACUCUUCCCAGCGGCUCGAACUGGGAAAUUGAGCUACGCGGCGCAAGCAUCUGGUGCGUCGAAUUAAUCAGACGCGAAAUCGAACGACGACACCCAGAAGCCAAAACGAAGAAAGCUUAUGAUGGCGAUUUCCAUACCAAUCAACAAAAUGGAGAUGACAACACAGAAAGCGCUAAUGUCAUCGGGAUGAAUGCAAUCCUGAUCGACUUUUUCCUUUACGACACUAUGAAGUCCCUAGAGAGCCAAAAGCUCGAGAGCAUCCCGCACCACCGGACAAGGAGUAUUUGGUAUUAGACUAUGAGCGCAAGCGUCUUCAUUUCCUAUUCGUCUCUCUAGUGUUAUUGCAUAUUACAUUAGGUGGUCAUCUGUUGGCUGUUUGCUGUACGGAUAAUUCAAGACAGGUAUCGAACCGAGGCUGAUGUCCAACGAGUCAGCGGGAUAAAUGCAUUGGUAGAUCUCAAUAGGAUCUGACGGAGCAUGUAACUACUCCAUUUACUUCAACUAUCCAUUAAUUGAUGGUCAUGGUUGGAGAUUGCUCUAUCUCAAGCCAUGUGAAGCCCUCCCAGUUCCAAUAAGAUCCAGGCACUUUG